AAAACUGAGAAGAAUACUGCUCAUACUUCUAGUGAUAGAAGAGUGAAGAAAAAAAUGCAAAAAGAGAAAAAUCUUCAAAUCUUCAGAAAUAGAAGACUUAUUCUCAAAGUCUCUAAUCAGAAUAUAUUACAGAGAAAUAAGCUAAACUCAAACCUCAUUUUCAGAAUUAGAAAUGAAAUCAAUCAGCAGUUCUUUUCUCAGUUAAUGACUGAUAUUGAA